AAUAAAACAUCUGGUUAUUACACGAAUCUAUCUCAACCAUUCUAUAGCCUAACUACUCUCCAAAAAGAAACACCAUGGCCCGACUACCCUAUCCAGAGUCCCCUAAACAGCAUGCCAAAUCGCAUCCUACUCUCAACAUCAUGAAACUUCUAUCCUACAGCACAGCAACCGUUGAUCACUGGGCAGGGGUAGGAAAUGCCCAAUUCAAGCACUUAUCACUCUCAUCCAGAGACCGUGAAUUGGUAAUUAUGUUGACAACCUCAAAGUUCAACUCAACCUACGAAUGGACCCAUCAUCUUCCCGUAUCCUUGAAGGCAGGUGUGACCAAACAGCAGCAAGCGGCGCUCAAAGCAUCCGCGAAGGAAAAGGACUAUUUCAUCGGCAGGAAGCUUGACAAUGGGGCGGCGGGAUUCAGCGAGAAAGAUCUCAUCCUGCUCAGCUUCGUGGAAACAAUUAUCCAGCAGCCUGAAGUUAGUGAUGAACUGUGGAAGAGCGUUAAGGGUGUAUUCUCCGAUAGAGAAAUUGUGGAGAUCAUCAGCCUUCAGGGAUUUUAUUACUCGUUUUCACGCUUGACUACGGUUCUGCAGUGCGAUUUUGAUGAUUGGGCCAAGUCUAAACUUUGAUCUUUUUCUUUUGUGAAUGAAGUGAUGAAAUAUGGGUUGAUGGGAACUAUCUAAUCAUGACAUUUACCCUACUCGAGAAGCUCCUAUUCUAGCUCCCUACCAACUCCUGAC